AUGGCCUUCAACCGCUCUCGGCCCGGUGCUGAAGCCUGCUGGACGCGUCCUCUCCAGCAGCAUGCCACCUUGACUCGACUGGAAUUGCCGAGCCGACAGCUUCAAUGUGUGCCACCGGCAUUGGGCGCUUGCCAGCGACUGCGCGCCCUCGACCUUAAGAAGAAUCAGCUGACCGAUCUGCCCGCUGAGCUGGCCAACCUGCAAGAGGUAUACUUCAUUUGCAGCCUGACCCGUCUCGACCUCAACAACAACCGCCUGACCAACCUUCCCGAGUCACUGGGUACGGGCGCCUGCCUCUUCCUGACCUCUGUCAUCGCCCAAGGACAAGCUUGUGCUCAUUUUGUCCUCUUUGACAGGGCUCUUGCCUGCGCUUACACAACUCUCUCUGGAUCACAACGAGUUUGUCCAUCCCCCUACCCCAAAGCCAUCCGUUGUCGCAGCUGCUUGCAGGAUAUGCCGGCACUGCGGGAACUUUCAUUGCGCAGCAACCACAUUGCCGUAAUACCAUCGUGGCUCUGGCAGCAUCCGACCUUGCGUGUACUUUCCCUGGUUGAUAAUCGCAUUGGCCAACUAGAGGCAGAUUUGCUCGAGGCGCGAUGUUUGGAGCGCGUUGACCUUGGCCUCAAUCGCUUGGCCUUGUACGUCUCGCGCCCUUGCCCCGUCCAGUGA